AUGACAACUCAAAUCAAAAAACUAUCGAAGUUAGAUCACACAGUGCCAAUCUAUUCUCCUCGUUCAACAUAUAAAUAAAUUUUACAUACUGAUGAAACAUUGUUAGCGGAUCUUACACUGAAUUUUGAUCCAUUCACAAUUAAUGUUUUGAGAACAGAAUUUUUAAUACGAUAAGGAUCUAUGGAAGUGACAGAAUUCAUUUUAGUUGUUAAGGAACAUUUAUUAAGUUGGCAAUUAGAAAUUUCAAAUAGAGAUAUUAAGUUGAUUAGAUAACUUGUUAAUCUUUUUGAGGAGAUUGAUUUAAAUGGAAAUGGGAAGUUAGAAUGGGAAGAAUUCACAAACUACAUAAUUGAAAAAGCAACAGUAUUAAAUAAUAUUAAGUCUAAACAAGAUGAAAUCAAACUUUACACAAAAUCCAAUAUGAAACCAUAUAAAAAAUUCACAUAAAUCAUCACUCGUGUAAUCUACAUUAAGGAAAUAGAUAAAAUUGCAUUUUUUGAAGAAGGAAGUGAUGAAAUUCAAUUUAUGACACCUGAUGGAGGUUUCGGUUUGAAACCAUUAAAAAUUGUUCCUAUCAGUGAUAAGGUUGUGACAACUCAAGCAAAAAAGGAUAAAGAUAAAUAAAAUAACUAGUUUAUUAUUGUAAAGAAGGAAGACACAAUAGAGAAAAAAACAUAAAUUUUGGCAAUGCUUUAUAUUGAUGAUCCUAAGUAUCAAAUACUAUUGACAUCAACUCACGAUGGUUAUGUGAGAGGGUGGAGAUAUUAAUCCUCAGGAUUUGUUUAAGCCAAUUAACCUGAUAAUGAUGAGGAAAUGAUAGAACAUCAUUUUAACAACGACAUUUAUAGUAUGACAUGGGAUGGGAUAAAUGAAAUUUUGUAUUGUGGUUAAAAAGAAGGUCAAAUUAACAUAUGGAACUUAAAAAAUGAUACUGAAAUUUAAUUUGAAGAUAUUAGUCACACUGAUGUGGUAAUGGACAUGAUUGCUAUGCCAAAAUUACAGUUUAUGGCAUCAGCUAGUUUAGAUCAUAAUUUAAUUUUGUGGAAUACCUUAUCAAAAAAAAGAGAGCGAACAUAUAAAGAACAUACAAGAGGCAUAGUAUCAUUAGCAUUUAAUGAGAGCCUAAUAUUAUUAUUUUCUGCUGGAUUUGACCAUAAUUUAUGUGUCUGGAAUCCGUAUAUUGAAAGUUUGAUUUUUAAAAUCUAAGGACAUAGCAGUCCAGUAAUUGGAGUUUUAGUAAUAGAAGGAACUUCUUAGAUAGUUUCAUUGGAUUAGGAAGGUAUCGUAAAGGUUUGGGAUACAAAAAAAUUUAAUUGUGUCUAAUAAUUUAGUGUAGAGACACAAGAUGAAAAACAUAAGUUUAACCCAUCAAGCUUAUGCUAUAUACCUAAGCCAUUAAAGUUGAUAUUCGGGGGUAGAUCAAUUUAUUCUUAUGAAUACGAUAAGAAUUAUAAUCCUAAUUCAGUAGAUGAUUAUGUUGCUGUGUGUUGUAAGUUCAUAGAAAAUCAAAUGGCAUUCUUUACGCCUGCAGGAACUAAGAUAAAAAUUUGGAAUGCUCUAACUGGUGAUGUGAAGAAGAUAUAUAGUGAUAUAACUACAACUGAAAUUACAGCAUUUAAGUUAGAUAAUUUGGAUAAACGAUUUAUUAUUGGAGACAGCAGUGGAACAGUGGCAUUAUUUAAUGUGAUUAAUGGAGCAAAAAUCAAGAAUCUUCCAAAGCAUUCAGGUGAAGUAGUUACUAUUGUUCAUGCCUCAGAUAUUGGAGCUUUCUUUACUGGAUCAAUGGAUAAUAAUGUAUUUAUGAGUUUAGAUAAUGAAUUUGGAGAAAGUGAAUUAUUGCGAGCUUUUAUAAUUUAAGAUGGUUAACUAACAUACUUAAAUUAUGAUCCUAUGAUGAAACAUUUAUUGGCAGGAACUAAUUCUGGGUAGAUUAGAUUUUAUGAAACUGAUACAAAUAAAUUGCAUGGAGUUGCCAAUGAAUUCAAAUAAGGCGAAGAAAUUACUUCUAUCAAUUUAAUUAAAGGAAUACCAUUUAUGUUUGUUACAAAUAGUUAAGGAAGAAUUUCAAUUAUGUCCAUGCCUCCUGUAUUGCAUAGAUUUGUCAAGAUAUUUACUUUUACUAAUGUGGAUCCUGAAAUUCCUAGUUAAUUGUUAGGAAUUUCAAAUGCAGUUUUCAGUUAUGAAAAAAAGAUGCUUUUUUUAAGUGAUGAUAAAGGAUUUAUUAAAUGCUUUGAAGUUGAUUGGCUUGUAGAUUUUUUGAUUCAUGUUGUCAAUGAAAAAGAUAAGGAAGAUGUUGCUACAAAAAGAAUUAAGGGACUCAAAACUACCUAAAAUGCAAGGCAAAUGCUAGUAUUACCUAAAAUUGCUUAAAGAGAAGUUAAAAUAAAAUGGAUUACUAGAGCUCACUAUGAAGUUAUUAAAUCUUUAGAGUACGUAGAAAAAGAAGAUUUUCUCAUCACUACUGCUUUUGAUAAGAAAGUCAAAUUAUGGGAUGCAGAAACUGGUAAAUUUAUAGAUUCAUUUCAACAAAAUUAUGACCGAAAAGAACCAAGGCCUAUUGCCCUUAAAAGAAGUGGAACGGAGGAGAUUUAUAAUGUAGAAUUAAAUGAGAGAGUAGAUCUCAAAUACACUUAAUUUAUACAAUAACAAUAAUCAGAGGAAUAAACUGGUUAAGCACAGUAAAUUUAAUAUAUAGAGGAGAAGAUUUAAGAUCCUCUUGGAUUAAUUAAAUCUCCUCAAGAAGAAUUCAAUCCCUUUUUUUAAUUAGAAAAGAUAGAUUAAUCUAAAUUAACAACUCUAAAGAGUAAUCCUGAAUGGAAGUUAGAAAUAGGAUUUAAAGAAUAUUAUGAAAAAUACGAAUAGAAGAUUAAAACUUUAUUUGACCAAGUCAAAAUGAAAGAGAAGGAAGUACAUGAAAAAUAAGUUAAAUAAGGAAUUCACAAUAGACAUUUUAAAGUGUAGAAUGGACAAUUAGAAGAAGACAAACAAUUUGAAAACAAUCAUAAACCAAUAAUAAAGGAUGACGAGGCUAAUAAUAAUCACUCAAAUUAUUAAUAGGCCCCACCAUAAUUCAAUCAAAAAAUUAGGUUAGAAUAAGUUUUGUCAAGAUAUAAGGUGCAAUCCAAAGAUCAACAUCCAAAUUCAUAAAGAGGAAACUAAUAAAUGAAUUUGGAUAGUUUGAUUAAUUAAAGUGAUAUAGUUAAAGAAUUAAAAUAAUAACACUCAGACUAUUAAGAAAAUUAUAAAUUUGGAAGCAAGGGUGGUAAUUUGACUCCUUAAGGGAAAUCUACAUAAGUUCCACCUUUAUUUAAAAGUGGAGUACAAAAACAAGCUAAAAAAGUAGAUCCUCAAUUAUUUGAGAAAUUGUACAAAUAAAACUUAAAAAGCAAGGCAAUUUGCAAUUCAGAUCCGAAAAUCUUCUUAUCAGAAGCUGAAUGUAAUGCUGCCUCAAGAUUUGUUACUGUAUUAGAGAUUUAUGAUAUCACAGAUGAACGCUCAUAAAAGUUUAAGGAAAUUAAAUGUAGAUCUAAAGUCAAAUUACCACGAUUAUAAUGA